GGGGAUGCUGUCAGGGCGCCGGCGGGGCGGGACCGGGCUGCGGGAGACGCGGAGCUGCCGGUGGCCGGAGGGAGCCGCCCUGCUUGUGCCCAGCGCUCGGAGCGGGCUGUGCAGCUGCCCGCCGUCCCGGGCGCCCUCCCCAUUGCCCGGCCCCCGCCGCAGCUGCCUGGGGCUGCGCUACUGCUCGGCGGAGGAGGCUGCGCUGGCCCGGGCGGGCCGAGCCCCGCGGCCCCUCCGAGGCCGCGGCCUCUCAGACUUCUUGGAAGUGUAGACAAUGGAGGACGAGGAAAAACAAGUGCAACUCCUGAAUGAAAAGCAGGUGCCAAACUCUGAGAGUGGUUAUGUGUGGCAUGUCACCGAUAUGAAUCGACUGCAGCGUUUCUUGUGUUUUGGUUCAGAAGGUGGUACUUAUUACAUCAAGGAGCAGAAGCUGGGCUAUGGAAAUGCAGAAGCUUUAGUGAGACUGAUUGAAGAGGGUAGAGGUUGUGAAGUUGUUCAAGAAAUAAAGACAUUCAGUCAAGAAGGCAGAGCAGCAAAACAGGAGCCCCUGCUUUUUGCUCUUGCAAUUUGCUCACAGUGUUCUGAUGCAAAAACAAAACAAGCAGCAUUUAAAGCUGUUCCUGAGGUGUGUUGCAUACCAACUCAUCUCUUUACUUUCAUCCAAUUUAAAAAAGAUCUGAAGGAGGGCAUGAAAUGUGGUAUUUGGGGCCGUGCACUGAGGAAAGCUGUUGCAGAUUGGUACAAUGGAAAAAAUGGCAUGGCUGUUGCUUUAGCAGUUACAAAAUAUAAACAAAGAAGUGGUUGGUCUCAUAAAGAUCUUCUGAGGUUGUCCCACCUAAAACCUGCCAGUGAAGGAAUUGCUAUAGUCACUAAAUAUAUUACCAAAGGGUGGAAAGAUGUCCAAGAAGCUUAUAAAGACAAAGCAGUUUCUGCUGACACUGAAAAACUCUUGAAGUAUCUGGAGGCUGUGGAGAAAGUAAAACGCACAAAAGAUGAAUUGGAAGUUACUCAUUUAAUAGAGGAAUAUGGUCUAGUUAGAGAGCAUCUCCUGACAAACCAUCUGAAAUCUAAAGAGGUUUGGAAGGCAUUGCUAAAGGAGAUGUCCAUUUCUGUAUUGUUGAGAAAUUUAGGAAAGCUAACAGCAAAUGCAGUGCUUGAACCACGAGGUUCAGAAGUGGCAAUAGUAUGUGAAAGACUGAGAAAUGAGAAACUGCUAAAAAAGGGUAGAAUACAUCCGUUCCAUAUUUUGGUUGCAUUAGAAAGCUAUAAAGCUGGACAUGGAAGCAGAGGAAAGCUUUGGUGGCGUCCUGAUGAAGACAUUUUAGAAGCCUUAGAUGCCUCAUUUUACAAAACUUUCAAGACGGUUGAACCAACAGGAAAACGCUUCUUACUUGCAGUUGAUGUCAGUGCGUCAAUGACACAAAAAGUUUUGGGCAGUGUACUCAAUGCUAGCACCGUUGCAGCAGCAAUGUGUAUGGUUGUGGCACGUACUGAAAAGGAUUCCCAUAUUGUUGCCUUUUCGCAUGAAAUGGUGCCCUGCCCAGUGACGACUGAUAUGACGUUGCCUCAAGUAUUAGUGAAAAUGUAUGAAAUUCCAGUGGGUACCACUGAUUGUUCCCUUCCAAUGAUAUGGGCUCAAAAAACUCAGACAGCUGCUGAUGUCUUUAUUGUGUUUACCGAUAACGAGACUUUUGCUGGAAAUACUCAUCCUGCAACAGCUCUUAGAGAGUACAGAGAGAAAAUGGGUAUUUCUGCUAAAUUGAUCAUUUGUGGAAUGACCUCAAGUGGUUUUACCAUUGCCGAUCCAGAUGACAGAGGCAUGUUGGAUAUAUGUGGCUUUGAUACAGGAGCUUUGGAUGUUAUUCGAAACUUCGCUUUGGAUUUGAUCUAAUUUUCUAGGCAUCUGCUCUUCCCAGUGGGUCCAUUGCUGGCAACAGACUACACCCUGGGGACUCCCAGCCAAAUAUACUUCAUUAGAAUAUGGCACAUUAUAUACAUAUCAGAAUGUUACCUUUUUGUGAAGGGAAAAGAAGAAAAGCAGAUGAGAAAUCUCUUUUCUCUUUUUUCCUGUUGCACACAAUUUAAAGUAACAGUGGGAAGUUUGCUAAAAGUAGCUACAGGGUUACACAGUAUAUAAUUUAAUUUCAUUUAUAAUAGAUUAUAAAUACUGAGAGAUUUUUAAUUUCCCCCUCCCAGCCUACCCCCCACCCCCUACCCCCCCUGCCAUUGCUGUGGAAUGGCUUGUUUGCAAGAAGAUAUUGAAUUACUCUUAGGAUGGGGCAGAAAAACAAAACUUGGGGUUAGUAUUUUUAAUAAUGUCAGUUUAACAGCAACUUCAUUGAGAGGGAUUUUUCUUUGGUCUUUUUUUAAUCUUUGAGUUUUAAACAAAUUACUAAGUUUCAACACUUUCCAUUGUUACACUUCAGAUCUACAAAAGAAAUAUUUUCUGGCACGUAUGAGACCAUGUGACUGUGACACAGUAUAGAAGUUAUCCAUUGAAAUUUUAUACUGAUGAAACUGAAAGUGGAAAAGCUUAUGCUAAUCUUUUUCUAUCUAGAUUAUCAUCCUAAUUUUCAGGAGUAAAGUGUAAUUCUCUUUAGAUAAAUUGAGGUGUGGUUUCUGUACCAUGUGGUUUCAGAAGCAGUAUUUUAAAAUUAGUGUGAUUUACAGGAAGUUUUAAGAACUCUUUUUACUAGAAAAAGACCCUGGAAAUGGCUUGGAAGCCACAUUCAGUCCAUGUUAUAACUUCAGGAAGCAACAGCACACUUUCAGUGAGAAAGAUCAACAAGUGCAUGUGUCUUGGACUGCUCUUGAAAGCUGAGUGGUAACAACCAGAAACAAAAAGCUACAUUUUUUUCAAAAGAAUGUAUUAAACAAUGCAGAAAAAAAUCUUCCUAACAGGACAAUAUUUCAUUUUUUGAAAUCUUUUUGUAGAUUAAUAUCACUUCUGAUUUUCUUAAAUUAAUUCAAGCUAACAUUUUUCAAAACUACCUCCACUUUAUAGUGACCAAUUCUUAAAAACUUUUAUAAAAUGUACAGCUGCCUCUUUCAUGUUCUCAAAAUCUUGUUUGGGAAGUGAUUGAAAACUGGAUUUUUUUAUUUUAUUUCAUUUUUUUUUAGUCUAAUAGAGUGUGAGUAAAUAAGGAGAAGGCUAGUGAAAAUCUUAUCACUUUGGAAGAGGAAUUAACAGCAAUUCAUGUGUAUAUGUAUUUAAUUGUGUGUUUUUAUAUAUGUGUGUAUGGGGGGAAGUUAAAAGAUCUCUUUAGUAGGUCACAAUCUUAGAAGACGGGAAAAGUUUUUAGUGAUGCUUUUACAACUUUCCCCAAGACAUACGUGUGUCAACCUCUUUUAUGCUAAUUCUGGCUGUUUAAACAGUGAAUUUGAUGUUAAUUUGCAAAUAAUUAUGAUUUAUAAAAAUAACCCAGUUGUGGUAAAUGACAUGUAAGACCAUAUUUUUCUGCCUAAAACCCAAGCUUUUAAAUGUAAAAUUCAAGUUCAUAUUAUACUUUUGAUACUUGUAACACUUUUAAUUAAGCCUCGCACAUACUGAUUAUAAAUUCAAAGCUCGCAUUCUGUAGGAUGGAUAUCCCUUUUGGUGCUAAAAUGUGAGCUUACACGUUACUGAAGGUAUUCAGCUACAGACUUACACUCUACCUUAAUGAAUAAACCGUUGAGGGAAGCCUUUUCUGACAUUAAAACCAUGGCUUAAAGAACUGAUGGUAGGAACAUUACCUUUCAGUGGACUUCUGAAUUAUCGCUGCUCUUACGACACAGCUUGACAAAUACAGGACUGCCUCCAGCUUGUCAGGUGACAUCGAGAAAAAACGAGUGUUCGUACAAAGGCUGAGACAUAACACUAUGAGUUUGAAGAUUAGCCAUUUCUUAUGAAAAAUUUCUUAACCACUUUUAGUAUCCUUUCUAAAUAAACACCAUGAAUAUGGGAAGUAAACUCGUUUGGUCAAUACAUGUCAAUAAUUAUUCUAAGUAAAUGCACUGAUGUUUUCGGAUUGGUUUUGGUAGUAGUGUGUUUGAAAUUACUCAAUAGUCAAACAUCUGAUCAGGUGUUUCCUUCUAAGCUAGAGAUGUUGAAAAUAACUGAUAGAUAAGUAUCUUUUGCAAGUACUUUUUAUUAUUUGGAGUAGUAUUUGUGAAGUAAUAGGAAAUAUUUUGGAAUAUAAAAUUAAAAUGUAAAACAGGUAUUUCAAGUAACUUUGUGCACUUAAUUGCAUAAAUUUACUGCAAGUAAAAGGUUAGAGUAGUUACUAACAGAUUGAAUGAACGGUUAUAGUAGUGUUGCAUCUUUGAAAGCAGUCCAGUUUAAAAUACAAUUCCUUGAACUAGAGCGUAAGUGAAGAUGAACUGUUCAGUAGAACUUAGAGAAAAUGUAGCUCCCUCUAUCUGUUGACACUGGAUAGCUAUGCACCCUGUUAAAGAUGGUCAUCUGUGCUGGAGUACGUAAUAUGCUCCUAAAUAUUUACUGUAUCUCUGUACUAAAAAAUCUUGUUAGAAAUAGAUUAUUCUAAGUGGUUUGGUUAUCUGAUGUAAAACUAGCACCAAUGAGAUCAUGUUGUCAUCUGCUUCUCCUUUAAGAUUUUCAUAGAGAGGAAACUGAAGUAAAUGCCGACAGCUGAAACUUUAUAGUGUGUUGACCUUUGUUUCUACUGGUUUUUGUUUGGUUUCAUUGUUAUCUUGCAAUAAGGGUCAUAGAAGAAUGAUACUGCAUAUUGCUUUUCCAUAGACUGGAUCUUUUUUGUCUGCCCAUAUACUGAAUUUUAAGGAACAGCGUGACUCGUUUGCCGUAACACAAAUUUGUACUGAUUUUGGUCUUUAGUUAUUAGAUUGGUAAUUGAUAAUUUCCGAAAUUGUAUCUGGCCAUGUAAAAAGGCAGUAAGUAUUGUAAUGCUAUUAAAAAGAGAGAGAGUGGUAGAACAAAGUUGCUGAGCUUAAGCAUUAAUUCAGUUUAUAAUAAAUAACCUACCCUUUCGCCGUAGAGGAGACACAGACUCUUUCAAGUUAACAGUGUUGUUUGCAUUGGAGGAACACUUUGACUAACAAAGCGAAACUGGGGCAAUAAUUGUGCACUGCAGUUUGCCAGUAAAAACUGAACAGGGACAAGUUUAAAGAUUGUUAAUUUUAUUGAAAACAUUAAUUAAAAAAAAAAGUCUAAAUGCAGAGUGCAGCUGUAGAGUGGGUGAAUGCAGGUUUCCUGAUACCUAACAGAACUAACAGGCUUUCAGUUUGACUGCCAUUUCACUGUGACAUCCUUAACAAUUCUUAAGUAUUAGACUAUUAACAUCUAAGACUGUAAUGUUCUAGCACUUUAGCUUUAAGAAAAAAGACCAGUUCCUGGUUGGAAGCACAGCAGAGAUAAAACCUUCUUAUCUUAAGAAGGGCUGUAACGAAUGAAAAUCGAAGGUCAGGUUUCUUCAUGGAAGGGAUACAAUCAAGAAUGUGGAGAGGGCAGAAGGCACUCAAGAUUUCUUAAAAACUAUGCAAUGCAUACAUCAGCAUUGUGUAAUAAAUUGAAUAAAGAUGGGAAUAAUUUUGCAAAGGAAUAGAAUUUCAUGGCAGGAAUUUUAGACCUACAGCAAGGAGGAGUGUUUGCGGUACUUGUUGAAUUAGAUUGCAGGCACAGUAUGGGGUC